UCAUUAAAACUGUUUUCAAACAUACCUACAUAAAAAAAAAAGUUUAUCACAAAAAAGUAUAAUAACUUUGUUUAGUUUGAUUUUAGUGUUGAUCAAUAAAAGAUUGUUUAAUAAAAAUGUCCAAACGUGAGGCAGCAGCAAAUCAACUUUCAGAUUUUAAGGAUAAACAGAAAACUCCAGCCACCAAUCUAACGUCAUGGGGAUCUCCAAAAGUAUAUCAAGAUGCAAGUUUAACUGUGGGUCCUCAAGGGCCUUUAUUAAUGCAAGAUAAUGAUUUUAUUGAUGAUAUGGCUCAUUUUGAUCGUGAACGAAUUCCUGAACGAGUGGUUCAUGCCAAAGGAGCAGGAGCUUUUGGAUAUUUUGAAGUAACUAAGGAUAUUACUCAAUACACAGCAGCAAAAGUUUUUUCAAAAAUCGGAAAGAAAACAUCAAUUGCUGUCCGAUUUUCACAAGUUGCAGGUGAAGCCGGUUAUCCAGAUACUGUACGUGAUCCACGUGGUUUCGCUGUAAAAUUUUAUACUGACGAUGGAAUUUGGGAUUUAGUCGGAAACAAUACACCAAUAUUUUUCAUUCGAGAUCCGAUACUAUUUCCAAGUUUUAUACAUACUCAAAAACGAAAUCCUGUAACACACUUAAAAGAUUUUGAUGCAUUUUGGGAUUUUAUGUCUUUGAGACCAGAAACCGUUCACCAGUUUACCUACUUAUUUGGAGACCGAGGAAUUCCAGCAUCAUACCGACAUAUGAAUGGCUAUGGAUCACAUACUUUUAAAUUCGUAAAUAGUGACAGUAAACCUAUCUAUUGCAAAUUUCAUUAUAAAACAGAUUUAGGGGUAAAAAAUUUAGAUCCUGAUUCAGCCCAACAAAUAGCUGGAUCUGAUCCCGAUUUUUUGAUACGAGACUUGUACAAUGCAAUUGCUGAAGGGAAUUACCCAUCAUGGACUAUGUACAUACAAGUUAUGACUUUUGAUGAAGCAACUCAAGUAUCAUUCAAUCCAUUCGAUUUAACUAAAGUAUGGCCCCAUGCUGAAUUUCCUUUAAUUGAAGUUGGAAAAUUAGUGUUGAAUCAAAAUCCUUCAUCAUACUUUGCCGAAGUUGAACAAUUAUCCUUCGAACCAUCUAAUUUUGUUCCCGGUAUUGAACCAUCACCUGAUAAAAUGUUACAAGGAAGAUUGUUCUCUUAUGGAGAUACAAGUCGCUAUCGAUUAGGUCCAAAUUACAAUCAACUUCCUGUAAAUUCACCAUUUAGAGCCGAUACGCCUAAAAACUAUCAAAGAGAUGGUGCAAAUACUGUUGAAACUCAAGGUGGAGCACCCAACUAUCAUCCAAACAGUUUUUGUGGUCCAGAAGUAGAUCCAAGAGCUUUAAAAUUACAACCAAAAUUCAAUGCAAGUGGGGAUGUUUAUCGAUAUGAUUCUGGAGAUGAAGAUAAUUAUUCACAAGCUAGAAUACUUUACACAAAAGUGUUCGAUGACGCUGCUCGUAAACGUUUUGUCAAUAAUGUAGCAGAUCAUUGUUCCAGAUCAGCACAAUUUAUACAAGAUCGUGUAGUUUCUGUGUUUUCGAAGGUAGAUGCAGAUUUAGGCUCCCAACUUAAAUCAGCAUUGGAUAAAAGGCGUGAUAAUGUUUCUUCGUUAUUGCCAAAAAAUAUUAAAUUUUUGUGAAAUUAAAGAACAAUUUUUUUUUAUUAAAUUAAUAUGUUAAUGCAUUCAAAAAUUUAUAA